GGAGAAUUGGAAAUUAAAUGAAAAAAAUAAUCAUUUUAAAGAACCCAGGGAAUUAAUUUGUUCAUUUCAAUCUGCUGUUGAGGUUGUUUACUAUGUCUUUGGCUGAUACAACAAAAACAAAUAUAGAUGAACAUUUCUCCAGGGUGGUGUUAGAAAACAAUAGGAGAUCUGCAGAAUGCCAGAGAAGCCCAGGCACAGGUGAUUUUUCGAGGAACAGUAAUGUGUCCAGUAAAAGUGUUGAUUAUAGCAAAUCUCAAUGUUCCUGCAGAAGUUUAACUUCUCACUAUGAUUAUUCAGAAGAUUUUCUGUCUGAUUAUUCAGAAACAGCUAUUAAUAAAAAUUAUUUAAAGCAGCCUAUGGUAAAAGAAAAUAAGAAGAAGAAAAAGUAUAACACAUCUAAAAUCUCCCAACCUAAAGGCCAGAAGGAAAUCUCAGUUGGAAAAAAGCACACCUGGAAUGCAUCCUUUUCAAAUACACAAAUCAAUAUGAUUUCCCAAAGAAGAGAUGCUAUGACUCAUCGAAUACUCUCAGCAAGGCUUCAUAAGAUUAAAGAACUAAAAAAUGAAUUAGCUGAUAUACAUCGUAAAUUGGAAGCCAUUGUCAUAGAGAACCAGUUUUUGAAACAACUUCAGCUUAGGCAUUUGAAAGCUAUAGGAAAAUAUGAGAAUUCACAAAAUAAUCUACCUCAAAUUAUGAUUAAACAUCAGAAUGAAGUAAAAAAUUUAAGGCAGCUACUUAGGAAAUCCCAGGAAAAGGAAAGAAUCGUAUCUAGGAAACUUAGAGAAACUGACAGCGAGUUAUUGAAGACUAAAGAUGCCUUGCAGUCACUGCAGAAACUUUCUGAAGACAAAAAUCUUGCAGAAAGGGAAGAACUUACUCAUAAAUUAUCUAUUCUUACAACAAAAAUGGAGGCAAAUGACAAAAACAUACAGAACUUGGAAAAACAACUGAGGUUGAACAGUAGAGCUUUUAGUCGGCAGCUGGCUGUUGAAAAUCGGAAAACUUUAGCUGCUCAGACAGCCACAAGGACUCUGCAAGUGGAAGUAAAACGCCUUAAACAAAAACUCAAGGAGAAGGAUCGUGAGCUUGAAAUUAAAAACAUCUAUACUAACCGAAUACUUAAAAAUUUAUAUGACACAGAAGAUUAUCCAAAAGUUUACUCAACAAAAUCAGUACAAGUAGACAGAAAAGUUUUGUCAUUUACAAGUAUGAGACACCAGGAAACCCAAAAAUCAGAAGAUGUUCCACCUUUGACAACUAAGGGUAAAAAGUCAGCAGGAAACAUUGGUCAUAAAGAAAAAUCAACUGAAAUAAAUUGUGAAAUUCUUCACCAUAUCAGUAAACUACCAAAGCAAGAGGAUUCUAAGAGAAAAUAUGAAGAUUUAUCAAAGGAAGAAGAACAUUUGGAAGUACAAGCACCUCUGGAGAAUAUUGGAAGACAAAAAGAAAAAAGGGAAGACCAAGAAAAGAAAAACAUUUUAAUGACAGAAGAACAAGAACUACCACCAAAGAGAAUUCAAGUUCUUCAUUCUGAAAGAGAAAACAAUCAAGAAGAUAAUACAGUUAAAGAAAAGUUUAAAAGAAGUAUACAAAUAAAUGACAGGGAUGAGAUACCUGAUAAAUAUGCUGUUCCAUAUAACAGAAUACCAUUCAGACAAAGAAAGCAUUAUUUAUUCACAGAAGCAACUGAAAACUUGCAUCACGGGCUUCCUACUUCAGGUGGGCCAGGCAACAUGAGAUGCAAUCAUGGUACAAGUAGACAUCGCAGUAAUAUAGAAGAAAUGAAGCUAGAACAUUCUGCUAGUGGGUAUGAACCCUCUUCUGGUAAGUCUUCCAGAAUAAAAGUGAACAAUACAACUUUUAGAGACAAGAAAAGCAGUCUAAUGGAAGAACUCUUUGGAUCUGGCUGUGUCUUAAAAAAUGACCACUCGAGUCCUGUUGCCAUGAAAGAAUAUGAGGAGACUUUGAAAACUGAGAAGACACAGCAUCUACCUCCUAGUCCAGCCUCCUCCAGCAAUGCUUUUGGAGAUUCUAAAGAAACUGUGGUAAAUUCUAUGAAGUCAUCAUCACCUACUGAAGGAAAAAGAAAGAUAAUUAUUUAAAUAUGAUCAAUAUCUAAAU